UUCUAAAUUUUUCAAAUUGUUUUUUCACUGAACUAGGUUAUUAUUGUUCAGUCUCUGUUUUAAAACAAAUUUUUGAGUUAGAGAUAUUUCAUUUAUUUGUCAAAAUUAGUUCAGGCUUUGAAAUUACUAAAGUUAGAACUGAUUACUUGUGAUCACCAGCAUGCAGUCAACUAUGCAGUCAAUAAUGGACAAAUCAUUGACCUACCAUCAAUAUGAUCAACAAUAUGUAUUAUAAUCCAAUCAACAUUGGAUAUAUUAGUGAGGGGGUGAGUGCACAGAGUGCAUUUCAGCAACCAUUAGUAGGUCCAGUGUCUACAGGCCAACUUUCCCUGCAGACAGGUACAGUGCUACAUGGUCAUAAUGCCCCUCCAGGAUUCAACCAACAUUACAGUGGAAUCCCUGCACCAUAUGAAACACCAUAUUCAGCUCAAUACCCUCCACAAAGUGCUAUUCUAAAUCCAUGGGGGGUAAUGUCAGGUGUUUCAAUGGGACCAGAAAAUAACACAAAUAUGUUAGUUGGAAGUUCUUCCAUGACACAGAGAGGUUAUUUACCGUCAAAUGUCAAUGGAAUGAUGCCAACUGGAUAUACCGUUUCAAGGGCCACUGGAACAAGUUACACUGGUACAUUUUCCCAGGCACAGGGUGGUUCGACUGGUUCCAUACCGCCAAGUGUUCAGGGGUUAAUGAUGCCAUAUGAAACAACAUCAAGUCUAAGUGGAUUUCCUUCCCAGGCAGCAAGCAGUUUCCAGUCAUCGGUUUCUCAGGCAUCAGUACUACCGACCACCAGUGUACCCAUACCACAAAGCGGCAAUAUACCAUUCAAUGGUCAGGGUACUAUUGUCAACAUAGUACCAUCUACCACCAAUAUACCUAUACAACAGGGUAGUUAUGUACCAUUUAAUGGUCUGGAAACCAAUGUCAAUAUAGUACCAUCUACUACCAAUGUACGCAUACAACAGGGUAGUUAUGUACCAUUUAAUGGUCUGGAAAGCAAUGUCAAUAAUGUACCACCUACAAACAAUGCAUCCAUACCACAGGGUGGUUACGUACCAAUAAGUGGUCAAGAUACAAGUGUCAAUAAUGUACCAUUUACCAACGGCGUACCAAUACCACAGGGCAUCUAUAUACCGAUGAGUAGUCAUAGUACGAAUCUCAACAUGGUACCAGGUACAUAUACCAACAGUACUCCUAUACCACAGGGCGGUUACUUACCGAUUAGUGGUCAGGGUACAAACGUCAAUAAUGUACCACCUACAAACAAUGCAUCCAUACCACAGGGUGGUUACGUACCAAUAAGUGUUCAUGGUACAAAUGCCAACAUGGUACCACUUACAAACAUUGCACCUGUGCCACAUGGCGGUUCCGUACCAUUCAGUGGUCAAGAUACAAACUCAAACCUGGUAACAGUCACUACACCACAAGCGGGUUACAUUCCAUGUACUGGUCAAGGUGUUGAUCUCAAGGUUAUGUCACAAACAUUGUACCAACCAGUUCAAUCAACUCAGAACUCAAAUACUUCCAAUCAGUAUCUGCCGUGUACACCAAAUCAGGCUAUGCUAAACAGCACUAAACAACAGGCACUGACACACAAUCAUAUUCAACCACCACCAGGUUUUCAACAACUGCAGCCACAACAAGUUUCACAAAAACCCAGCCUGUUUCUUCAAUGUACACAACAGCAGACUGUACAAUACAAUCAACAGGCUAACAUGCAACCAUUGAGAACACAAUUUCAACCUACACAGCAGGUUAACUCUCAACAAAUAACAACACAAGAUCAGCUCACACAACAGGUACAUGCUCCGACAUUGCCUACGCUAAAUCAGCAGACACAAAAGAUUUACACUCAAACACUGCAGACCCAAAUCAACAUGCAACAGCCGGAACAACACAAUUAUCAGACACAACUUGAUCAGAUUAUCUCUCCACCACAGCAUUACACAAUGCAGCAAAGCAGGCCAAGUGUAUACCAUGUUGGUCAAGUACAUCAACAAACUCAAAUGCGAGAUGUACCAUGUCAAAUACUGCAAAAUGUACCAUGCCAAAAUACAUGUAUGGCACCAGCUCUGAUGCUGGAUCUUACCCCAGGCCUAACGGAUCAAGUCAGUCCAACUCUGUUAAAUGGCAGUGACAUACCUCCCCCUGGAGCAGGUUUGACAGUUACGGGUAGCAUUCAGUACCAAGUCAAUCCGGCAAAGUUGCAAGGUGGUUAUGUACCACUAAUGGCUUCAGCCAGUACUGAAUCUAUUCCAGGUAAUGUGGAGAAGAUUUCCAAGAUGCAGAUGCCUUGCUACAAUUCUGAGUCGGUCCAGACAGUGGGCGCUUUAAAACCGCUAACUGUUGAGGUAUCUGACCAGGGUUCUUCUUCAGUGUCUGGCAAUAUCCUUUUAACAGCUAAAGCAAGUGUUUGUUCUGACCAUGCAUGGAACACACAACCCCAUGGAUCUAAGCAAACACUCAUGUUAUUGCAGCAGUGCCAACAACCACAUUUGCAAGGUGUACUUGCGCCACUCCUAGCACUUCAGUUGCCUCCUGAACAAUACAUGGCACAACCUCAACAUCAGCCAAUCAUGUCGCUCUCACCACACCAACAGUUUAUAGAAUGUUCACAAGAGCAGCAGAUGACACUGACCACUAUCAAGCAACAACCUGCAACAAUGCUUCCAAAGCAACAAUUGUCAACCCUGCAAUCAUCCCCAGAUCACGCUAACACAAAAAGUGGUAACAUACACAAUGAUUGUGGUGAAGAUGAUAGGCAAGAUGUUUGGAAUGAACAUGAAAUGUCAGAUCUUGCUGGGGCACUGACUGAUGGAAGAGAGCAGCCAGAGGUGUUUGAUACACCUAAAGAAGACGCUUUGCUGCGGACAGUCAAGAGACACUAUGUUGAGGUCUAUCAACGGCUGUCCACCCUGAAGAAUCAUGUCGACUCUUUGGUCAUAGACAUGCAGACCAUCACAAAAGGAAUGGAAGCAAUUGAUCUUGAGCAGAAUCAUCUGAAAUAUGACUGCUAGUGAGAAAUAACUGUAAAUUUGUUAAUAACUUGUUAUGAUUCAUUAAGCAGAAUGUUACAUGUAUCAAGACAUUUGCAGCUGCUGAUAAAUUUAUGUCAUUGACAAACCAGUAUGAACAACAAUUAAAUGCUAUACAGUUGUGAAAGUAACUCAAAUACUGUCUGACUAUCACUAUUUUAGUAGACAUUUGUUUCAAAGCCAGUUUUCGUAUUAG